GAGCUGCAGAUUCAGAUUCAGCGGACCUUCAAAUAUCACACACAUGCACUCACUCACACACAAGCCUGCUGUCACUCUGAUUUAACCGGCAUUUUUUAACACAUUUUAUUGACAUUUUUCUAAACCGGAGACAGAAACGGCUUUUCUCUUUGUUAUGGUGUUUAAUAGAGGAAGAAUGAGCUCAGAGACACUUCAGCUCUCAGGACUCUCUGAACUCCACUGAGUUUAUUAUCAUCACGCUGCCUGGGUUUUUUUGGAAGGAGGUGACAGAAGUUGAUUUCACGUGUUUUUGUGUUUUUUAAGCUCGUUUGUCUCAUUUAUGCGCAUGUUUUUUUAAACAUGGAAACAUGGACAACGGAAUAACGCAAAAACCAAGGGAUUAACAGCUGUAUCAAAAAGGAUUUGUUUACAUUUAUUUGAAUGCUCUUUUUUGUAUUUGUUGCUGUGAAGUGGAUAACCAUCUUCAGGAGGGAAAUAGAAGAUGACUUCAGUGUUUAGAAGCUCGAGGGUCCUAAUCUUCUGCACUUUGUUGGUCUGUGUAUUUGGUGGAGAGAUUGUGCCACCCCCAUCACCGGAUGUGUUUUCGGUAGCAGAAGGAGAGACACGCCUGCCCUGUCAGUAUAAACCAUCAGAUGAUGAAGAUAAAGUGGUUCAGAUCACCUGGAGUAAGGAAAAAUCAGAUGGAACCAAGGAACCAAUAAUAGUUGUGCAUCAUACAGAAGGACAGAAAGAAUUCGCUGAAUAUGAAGGGCGUGUACGAUUCGAGAGUGUUGACCCCAUGGUAAACUCUGCUCUGAUCAUCAUGAAUACAAGAAUUUCUGAUGAGGGCAAAUACAUCUGUACAUUUGCCACCUUCCCAUCUGGAAAAGUUGAGGCUCAGCUGUCUCUCACUGUAUGGUCCUCCCCCAUUUCCAACUUGGAGACUGUUACACUAGUGGAGGGUCAGGUGUUUGGGGUGGCUGCUACAUGUCGCUCCGUGGCGAAACCGCGGGCAGGUCUGUCCUGGGAUACGGAACUACCAGGCCAAAGCCAGAAUCGCAGCUUGGAAAAAGACAUAUCCUCCAUCCAGUUUUCCCUGUACCCACUGCGCAGCAUGAAUGGCCGCAAGCUGGACUGUCUGGUCUGGCACCCGACUCUAAAAACCCCCAAGAGGCACAGCAGUCAGCUUGUCGUAUACUACCCUCCAAAUGCAGUGAUCACAGGAUAUAAAAAGGACUGGUAUGUGGGAUUGGAGGGAGUGACACUACAGUGCGAUGGUCAAGGAAACCCAAAACCAGAGAAUUUCACCUGGACCAGGAAAGACGGAGGUUUACUAGAGGGUGUAACAGUGGAGAAGGGGGUUCUGCGGUUUAACAGGCCUCUCAGUCCGACAGACACAGGAGUGUAUGAAUGCACGGCCACCAAUCAGGCAGGGUCAGGAAAAUCUGACCUGGAAGUGACUGUAGCAGCAGAGAAACCUCCAGAACCCAGCGUUUUAGUGAUUAUUGUAGGAUGUGUGGCUGUUCUAGUGGUGAUCAUUCUGGUAGCUGUGGUCUUAACAGUGAACCGACACUACAAGCGAAAAAACAAAGAGCUGACUAUAGAGCUAAAUGAGAAAAAGGAAGAAAUCAGCACUCUGUCCAGACAGGCUUCAAUCAGAAGAGUAAACUCAGUUAACACAGAUUGCAAAUAUCAGAUGGAUGAGAUCAUGCCUCUAAGAGUUGAAGGAACAUUACGCACCAGCCUCAGUUCAUUGGACCACCCUCGUUCUAGGGACAGUCGUUCCACUCUAGGAGGGGCUGUGGACACCUUGGGUCGUCCGGUCAUUUACAACACAUCCAGGCGAGGAAGGGAGCGAGCAAUGGAAAGAGAGAGAGAAGGGGAGAGAGAGUUGUCUCGACUGAAAGUGGAGGCUUUUGUGAAGAGCAGCAAUAUGUCACUGGUGCAUUCGGAAAGCCACUUUCUCCCUCCUCUCCAAACUGCUGAACCUGUCAGGUCUCGAAACGGCAGUGCCAUUCUACCAGCAGAGGGCAGACCACAGUCAGGUGGGGGCAGCAGGGCAGGCAGCAGAGCAGGCAGUAGAACAGGCAGUAGGGGACACCAUUCACCCAUGAGUUCACCCAACAACCCGCCACUUACUGAUGCGGCACAGAGGAAUCCAGGACAAGCUUUUGGUGUGAUCCUGGGAGCAAGAUAUGAGGGGGAUGUGCUGGACAACAUUUCCAGCGCCACAGUGAGCUCUCAGACAUCAGAGGCCCGGUCCAGUCCCUUUGAGCAAACCAGUGUUAAACUGUGGCCUAAUUCGAAACCCGACAACAUCCUGCUCGGCCCAGAGACCAACGGGUUACACCCUGUCCACAAUGGUAUCAUGCAUCAUCAUCAGCCUCAGAUAGUGUAGGACCUCCCAUUCUACAGCUCAGAGCUUUGUACUGGAUACCAUCACUGAUCCAUAGAAGACUGGUAAUAAAUUUUAAAAGUGUUUGAAUACUUUGGAGACUUUGAAUAGUGGCAAAACUGGAGAUUCAGCAACUGGAACAAAAAGCCAUGCACGUUUUAUGGCCUUUCUUUAGUGACACCCUAAGGUGGAUUUUGAUGUUAUAAAAGAAUGUUUGGGUGUACACGGAUCCUCCAGGGCAUCAGGUAUAAAUGCAUUCAUUUUAGAUGCAAUGCUACCAUACCUGGAGAAUUGGUUUAGUUGGCUGUGCCUGUUUUGUUUAAAUGCUAUUUUACUUAUAGCUGCUCAAUCUAGAUUACAAGAAGAAACUCCACUCGACUAAGCAGUUUGUAAAACAGCAACCAGAAGGUUAUUGGUUUAAACCCCAGAACUGAGUAUUCCUGGUUGUUGCCUUGGGUUAGGCAAAUAACCCCACCACAGUUCCCUAGACUGUGCCGCUCCAAAUGUGGGCACAGUAAGGUACAGUCAGAUAACAAAGUGAAAAAAAACAUUGUACAAAAGAAAAAAGUAUUCUCUCUGGUUAGUCUGUAUCUUAAGGAAACUGUAGUUGUUGCCAAAGGCUUCACUAUUAGUGCAUACGGGACUAAAUGCCAAAAUGUGGACAGCCACCACACCCACUGGAACAUACCUUGUUACUGUUGGGAACAAGGUCCAUUAUCUGGACAUGGACACUCUACAUCCUGAUUUCUUAUGUCCCAAAUCAGGCACUUUGUGUAAUUUGGGAACAUUUUGUAUAGUAGGAGAACCCUGGGACACAGUGUACUACUUUUACAAACAGUCAGUAAUCAAUGUUAACUAUAUAUUUUUUUCUUUGCCAAAUACUUCCAUAGAACUGCAUACACCACCUACAUCACCUUGGACUAAACAAUGGAAACAUUAGCUUUUUUAUGCCCACGACACUAGAAGUGGUAAGAUUAGCACAUGCCUCCUCCGAUGUGAAGUCAGCCACCACCUCUUUUUGAACUGCCACUGAUGCAGCAUCAUCGAGGAGCCAGCACACUCUAAAGAAAGCGCAGCACCCCAGCUCUGAUACAUCAGCUAACAGAAGCCUGUGCUGACCAACAUCAUGCUAGAAUGAUGUGAUGGGAGGAAAUGCCACCAAUCCAACCCUGGCAGAGCAAGGCUCUUGUGUGCUCUCUCUGAUUCUGGCUGCUAAUGGCGAGCAUGAAUGAACGUCUGGAUUUACUGUCUACAUGUUUUGCAAGUGGAGCUUUUUGUGAAUAAGUGUUAUAACAGAUUGCAAUGCCUUCCAUGAGAAGAGAACAGCUGUUAAAUACUUCCCCAUGUGACCACAAGAGUGACCUGAACCCACUUGUUACAAAACACAGAGCACAUUAUAAUGCAAAAGGUCUUUUUUAAUGCUGAUGAAUCACAAAACAUUCCAUUAAAACACUCAUUUUUCCUAUUCAGUAUGUUGACUAUUAAUGAGAUGUAUGUUCUUAUUGCUAGUUGUGAUGAAAGCCAUAGAGAAGGCUAACAUGAAGUAUUAUAAAGAUUUCCAUUGGAUGUGAAAGUUUUGCGUGAACAUCAUGUUUGUUUACAGUUUAUUAUUGGUAUUUACCUUAACUAUGUUGUUUUAUGGCCAUCUAAAAGCUUCAUGUUUCCACUGUUAUUACCUGCCUGUUUCUUGUAUAACCAGUGCUGGUAUCGGGACUAUAAUCUUGGCAUGUGAUGACAGACGUUAUUUUGUUUAUCAGUUUCCAGAUGUACAUAAUUUUUGUUUUAUUAAUCUGAUACCUUUUUAUUAUUUUAAAGUCAGGAUAUUACUUAUAUGUGCCCACCGUGCUGCUGGAUAGUGCUGGGAUUCUGGGGACGGUAGGGGUGUUUGUAAGUGCAAACUAAAAAUGUACAAUAAUAAUCCUUUUCUCUGUA